AUGGGUCGCACCCUGCAGUGGAACUCGCUGAUCGUUUGCUUGGUGAACUUCUUAGCUAUCAUCGGAAUGGCCAAUGUACAAGCAAGAGCGGUGGAGUGCGUAAGCCUUCAGGUCUCUCCCUUGAUCGGUGGGAUGAUCGACGCCUUCCUGGGCAAAUCCGUGGAGCAGAUCAUGGCCAUCCAGUGCUUACGCGCAGGGCUCCCGGAAGUGCUUAAGGCGAAUCUCAUGGGAUCCCUACACUGGUGUUUGCUUCUGGUCCUAGGGCAGUCCAUCAUGACAGCAGGCUUCAAGAAGAAGAUGCUGGAAUUCAACGUCGAUGGCGUUUCCGCGCAGAUGUCCUCGCAGGUUGUGGCCUCUAUCAGCAUGGUUUUGCCCACCAUGUUCGGCUCCGUCCCUGGCGUCACGCCCGACGAUGUGUUGGUCCUUUCCAGAGUCUGCGCCUGUUUUCUGAUCUUUCUGUACUUGUCCUUCAUCUAUUUCCACCUGAAGACACACAAGGACUCUUUCCAGCAUCACACUGAGGGCGAAGUGGAGCUGGAAGACAAGCCCUUGACCACCGAGGACAUUGAACUCAGUCAGCUGUCCCUGACCUCCUCGGUGAUGCUCAUGGUGGCCAGCAUCUUGGUGGCCGCCUUCAACUCGCAGGUCUUGGUGGACCACCUGCAGGAUCUGUCGAAAACCUUUGGGGUGCCUACGAAGUUCAUCGGAGCCACCCUCCUGCCUAUCCUUGGAAACACGGCUGAGCACAUCGCCUCAGUGUGGCACGCAGAGAGGGACGAGAUCGAUGUCGCCUUGUCCAUCGCCAUUGGCUCGGCGACGCAGAUCGCUCUCUUCGUGGUGCCUUUGUCAGUCCUCUGGGGCUGGGUUAUUGAUCGACCCAUGUCUUUAAACUUCACAAGGUACGACUCAGCCGUGAUGUUGCUGGGUACCUUCCUGGUGGCUCAGAUGCUGCAACACGGCGUCUCCGUUUGGCUACACGGGGCGAUGUUAAUGAAUGUCUACCUGAUGAUAGCGGUGAUCAGUUAUUUCGAACCCAACUGA